AAGGCGAAGAAAAUGAGGUGUAAUUAAAUUUCCGAAACGCAUGAUGAUGAUGAUAGUAUUGUUGUAGUAUAUUUUUCCCUCGUUGCAUUGCAUUGCAUUGCAUCCUCUUUCACAGAAAAAAAUAAAAAUAAAGCUCCACUUAUUACUUCUUUCUCUGCAAAUCCUUCGUUCCCUUUCUCUCUCUUCAAUGUUGAAACAACAACAAUAAUCUCCAUUUUAUCGAAGCGAAUUCAAAUUCUCUCUCUCUCUCUCUCUCUCUCUCUCUACAAUGGAGUGUGCUUCCGAAGAUUGCUCCGAUAACACUCCAGGUUCAGACUCAAACAAGGACCAACGAGUCUAUUUCGUUCCUCAAAGGUGGUGGAAGGAUGCUCAAGAUGCAAUGCCCGUGGAUUUGGAUAAGAAGAAGGGAAUUGCGUAUGCAUCCUCCCCAUGUUCAUCCUACGGUCCUAUGAAGAUUAUCAAUAACAUUUUUAGCUCAGAUCUUGUGUUCAAUCUUCGGAGGGAGGAAGAAUCGCAGCACAUUCUGGAGAAUGGUGAAGUGGGUGUAUCUGGACGGGACUUUGCUUUGGUAUCCGGAGAUAUGUGGUUGCAGGCACUCAAGUGGCACAGUGAUUCAAAAAAUGCAAUGAAGGAUGACAAAGGCUUUUCAGCAACUGACAGUGAUAUGGGAGAUGUAUAUCCUUUACAGCUCAGGAUUUCUGCUCAGCGGGAAACCAAUUCAUUUGAAGUAAGAAUAAGCAAAAAGGACAAUACAGUUGAGCUUUAUAAAAGAGCUUGCAAAAUGUUCAGUGUGGAUUCAGAGAUGUUACGCAUUUGGGACUUUUCAGGUCAGAUAACCUUGCUUUUUAAUGAUGACGAAAAUCAUGUGCCCGCAGACUGUCAAAGGCAGUCUGAUCAGGAGACUCUUCUGGAGUUGCAAGUUUACGGGUUGUCAGACUCGAUGAGAUGUCGGGAAGGGAAAAAAGACGAGAUGGGAAAUUUUUCUGGCAGUGCUUCAAUGAAGAUGAACGGAACUUCUGACAGUUUGAAUUCUGAUUGUAUGCGUGCCAGUUCUUUAGGCCCUGGUGAAGCUGGUUCGUUGGGAUUAACUGGAUUACAAAACCUAGGAAAUACUUGCUUCAUGAACAGUGCCCUUCAGUGCUUAACACAUACGCCAAAGCUUGUUGACUAUUUUCUAGAAGAUUAUGGUAGAGAAAUCAAUCCUGACAACCCAUUGGGCAUGAAUGGGGAGAUAGCUUCGGCAUUUGGAGAUUUACUUAGGAAGUUAUGGGCUCCUAGUGCAAGUCCUGUGGCACCAAGAAUGUUCAAAUCAAAGCUUGCUAGAUUUGCACCUCAGUUUAGUGGGUUUAAUCAGCAUGAUUCCCAAGAGCUUCUUGCUUUCUUAUUGGAUGGACUUCAUGAAGAUUUGAAUCGUGUUAAAUGUAAGCCUUAUGUCGAAGCCAAGGAUGGAGAUGGUCGACCAGAUGAAGAGGUUGCGGAUGAGUAUUGGCAUUAUCAUCUGGCUCGCAACGAUUCCGUCAUUGUUGAUUUGUGCCAAGGCCAAUAUAAAUCAACGUUAGUUUGUCCUGUUUGUAGGAAGGUCUCUGUGACAUUUGAUCCAUUCAUGUACUUAUCAUUACCUCUACCUUCGACAACAAUGCGGACAAUGACUUUAACUGUUGCUAGUAACACUGGUGAUGUAAUGUCUCAAUUAUCACCAUAUACAGUUUCUGUUCCAAAACAUGGAAAAUUUGAAGAUCUGACACGUGCUCUUAGCAUAGCAUGCUCUUUGGGACCCGGUGAGACCUUAUUAGUAGCUGAGGUAUACAACAACUGCAUCAUACGUUUCCUUGAAGAUCCAGCUGAUUCACUAUCAUUGAUCAGAGAUGCUGACAAACUAGUUGCUUAUAGAUUUGCGAAAGAUAAUGGGGGCAGCCCUCUAGUUGUUUUUAUACAUCACCAGAUGGAGGAGCAAUCCAUCUAUGGAAAAUUUGCUCCAAAUUGGAAGGCGUUUGGAAUUCCUGUUGUGGGUAGUCUUUGCAAUAUUGUAAAUGGAUCUGAUCUCCGCGAUCUGUAUCUAAAGUGGUUCCAUCCAAUUCAAGAUUCAAUUGAAGAGGCCUUAGAAAAUUGUGUUGUGUCUAAAGGAACUGAAGAAGUUGCAGAAAUGGAAGGAGUUACAAUUCCUAGUUCAGAUGCCAAUGUAAAUGGAUUAGAUACGCCUUCAGAUGGAGGAAUGGAGUUUUACAUAACAGAUGAUAAGGGGUCUGUCAAAAAAUCCAAAAUAUUAAUGAAUGAUCCACUUACAAUAAAUGGAGAGUUAAGGUUGCUGCAUGUGCUUGUAUGUUGGUCAGAAAAACAGAUUAAGAAAUAUGACACACGGCUUUGCAGUUCAUUGCCUGAGGUUUGCAAAUCUGGCUUUUCAGCAAAGAGACCUCAAGAAUCAGUUUCUCUGUAUAAGUGCCUUGAAGCAUUCUUGCAAGAAGAACCUCUUGGACCAGAAGAUAUGUGGUAUUGUCCUGGAUGUAAAAAUCAUCGUCAAGCUAGUAAGAAGUUAGACCUUUGGAGACUUCCUGAAAUUUUGGUCAUUCAUCUCAAGAGGUUUCAAUAUAGUCGAUUCAUGAAAAACAAGCUGGAGACAUAUGUUGACUUCCCUGUAGAUAAUCUUGAUCUUUCAGCUUAUAUUACCCAUGGGAACCAGAAGUCUUAUCAUUACACACUUUAUGCUAUCAGCAAUCAUUUUGGAAGCAUGGGGGGUGGUCAUUAUACUGCAUUUGUACAUCAUGGUGGUGAUCAAUGGUAUGACUUUGAUGAUAGCCGUGUCUAUCCCAUCAGCAAGGAGAAGAUAAAGUCUUCAGCUGCCUAUGUUCUUUUCUACAGAAGAGUUUUUGAAGUAUUGACAUAACGAGAGAGUAGCAUAUAGUUCGAACAGCCAAUUGAAACUAUAUACCAUUUGUUAACAUUAUUGCCAUCACAGUCUUACAAGUGUACAGAGGGCGAACACUGGUGCAAAGAUAAGAUUACUGCCCUAUGACUGGGUUAUCAGAGGAUCUAGUUACAGAAAUACUUUCUUCUCAUGCAGUUAAGAUUGUUUACAUCUGACCCUCUUCAAACCCCACAAUGGUCGGUUUAUGUGCACUGGACUGCCCCUGUUUUUUAGUCUUCUUACAAGUAUACUUGGCAAGGUAACAUUCUUUUGUCAUUCACUCUUAAAGUUUAGACUAGUUGGAGUUUCACCAGGGAAAUGAUGACUUUAAAACUUAGGGCAGUAUACUAAGGAGGACUUUAACAUAGUAAAAACUAAGGAGGUGAGGGACAUACCUGCUGGGUCAAAGCAUAUUGUUUACUGAUGUUUUAACCAUGUAAAGAGAAUUUAUGUUUCGGAGAGUGGACCGAAUCCUGUUAAUUCAUAUUUCUUCUAUUUUAUUUUUUGUUCCCAUUUUGUUCUUUAGCUUCCAUAAACAAUUUUGAAUUCAUUGAUAGUUUUUUUAGGGAAUUCAUUGAUAGUUAGUUAAAACUUUUGUAGUUAAAUCAGGAUGUUGUGAACAUUUUGAAUUUUUUAUUCUUUUAUGGUUAAUCAGAAUGUGGGGUGUUUGUAAUCCA